GACUUACCAGUAGAAUGGUCAAGAAUUGAGGUGGAAAGUAGUCAAGCAGCUUGUUGUCUUGUAGGCCUGACUUAUCCUUUAACAGAAUCGUUAAUCAUAGAUCUUUGAAGUUUGUUAUCCAUGGAGCCCCAAUAUACUGGCUGACAUGGCGCAUUUCAAAGGCAGCUCAUUCGUUUAGACAGAGGAAGGGGCAGGUCUGAGUCUGACCUUCGGAUUUGCAUUGUCUACUGCAGUAACACAUAAACUCAGCCGCGGUCAUGCUGACAGAUGUCAGUUAAUGCUACCUGACUCUGCUCAGCCUGUUCAGGACUCUGCAACCUCAAAUUGCUCGUGACUCAGUUUUGUACUGUAUAAUUCAUCUCCAAUAAUUCAGUAUACUGGUUCACACUGAGGUGUGAGAAUUCUGCCAGUGCAACCCAAGGUUUUUGGGUCAAAGAUCCAUUAACAGAGAGACAUGCAGGCCCAGGAGCUGUUGAAGCGGCUGCGUGUGCCUGAGCUGGCAGAGGUGAGGGAUUACCUCCGCAGCCUGUCCACCGGCACGCUUGUGGGCAUGGGAGCCUUCGCCGCACUCACCACCUACUGGUACACCACUCGACCAAAAGCCCUCAAACCACCUUGUGACCUGCGCAUGCAGUCCGCCGAGGUGCCGGGAGGAGAGUUUGCCCGCAGGUCAGUGUUAGUGGAUGCUGACACGCUUUUGUCUUUUUACUAUGAUGAUGCUACAACAGUGUAUGAGGUCUUUACCAGGGGCUUAAGGGUAUCAAAUAAUGGUCCUUGCUUAGGGUCCAGAAAGCCAAAGCAGCCGUAUGAGUGGCUGUCCUAUUCAGAGGUUGCAGAGAGAGCUGAGUGCUUGGGCUCUGCGCUGCUCCACAAAGGUCACUCCAAAACCAAAGACCAGUACAUCGGCAUCUUUGCUCAGAACAGACCCGAGUGGACCAUCUCGGAGCUGGCUUGCUACACAUACUCUCUGGUGUCAGUGCCUCUUUAUGACACACUGGGGACUGAGGCCAUUGAUUACAUCAUCAGCAAGACCGGAAUCUCCACGGUGGUGUGUGAUGUACCGGCGAAGGCUCGUCUGCUGCUGGGCUGCGUGGCUGGCAGACAGCACUCACUGAAAACCCUGAUCCUGAUGGAGGCGUUCGACUCGGAGCUGGUGGCUGAAGCACAGAAAUGUGGUGUGGAAAUAAUUAGCCUGAUAGAUGCAGAGGCUCUUGGAAAAGCCCAUCGGCAGCAGCCUGCACCUCCUAAGCCUGAUGACAUGGCUAUUAUUUGCUUUACUAGUGGAACCACAGGAAACCCAAAAGGGGCGAUGCUCACCCACAGAAACAUUGUGUCCAACAUUUCUGGGUUUACCAAGAUAACAGAGACCAGCUGUCCUUUGAGUCCCAGCGACGUGCACAUCUCUUACCUGCCUCUUGCACACAUGUUUGAGCGAGUAGUGCAGGGUGUGAUGCUGGUUCACGGGGCUCGCAUCGGCUAUUUCAAGGGAGAUAUCCGCUGUCUCAUGGAUGACCUUAUGACGCUCCGGCCAACUGUCUUUCCUGUUGUGCCACGUCUACUCAACCGAAUGUGCGAUAAGAUCUUUGGGCAGGCCAACACUCCUCUGAAGAAGUGGAUCGUAGAAUUCGCCUUCCGGAGGAAAGAGGCUGAGAUGAUGAGUGGCAUUAUGAGGAGAAACAGCCUAUGGGACAAACUCAUCUUUAAGAAAGUCCAGGCCAGUGUCGGAGGCAAGGUGCGCUUGAUGCUGACUGGUGCUGCUCCUGUCUCUGCUCCUGUGCUGACUUUCCUGCGUGCAGCUCUGGGAUGCCAGUUUUAUGAAGGCUAUGGCCAGACCGAGUGCACAGCCGGCUGCACCGUCACGUUAUCAGGAGACUGGUCAGCAGGUCACGUCGGACCUCCUCUGCCAUGUAACAUUAUGAAACUGGUGGAUGUCGCUGAGAUGAAUUAUCUGGCUGUGAAUGGAGAAGGAGAGGUGUGUGUGAAGGGACCCAAUGUGUUUAAGGGAUAUCUGAAAGACCCGGAGAAGACCGAGGAGGCCAUUGACCAGGAUGGCUGGCUCCACACAGGAGACAUCGGCAGGUGGCUCCCGGACGGCACUCUGAAGAUUGUGGACCGUAAGAAGCACAUCUUUAAGCUGGCUCAAGGAGAGUACAUUGCCCCGGAGAAGAUUGAGAACAUUUACAUCCGGAGUGAAGCUGUGGCUCAGGCUUUUGUGCAUGGAGACAGCCUGCAGGCCUCCCUGGUUGCCAUCAUUGUGCCUGACCCGGACUUCCUGCCUGGCUGGGCCAAUAAAAGAGGAUUUCACGGCUCGUAUGAGGAACUCUGCAGAAGCAAGGAAGUGAAAAGUGCUAUAUUGGAGGACAUUGUUAAAUUGGGCAAAGAAAGUGGACUGAAGUCUUUCGAACAGGUGAAGGAUAUCGCUCUGCACACAGAGAUGUUCUCGAUCCAGAACGGCCUCCUGACUCCAACACUUAAAGCCAAGCGUGCUGAGCUCCGGAACCAUUUCAGGCAGCAGAUCGAUCAGCUCUACUCCAACAUCCACAUGUGAAAAUGAUUCCAGACCAGAUAUGAAGGAAUGCCGACGUAUAACGCUAACUGUCCCCCCCAAUAGUUUUACUUAUAGUUAGCUACAUAGUGACUUUUGGGUGAAGUGUUCCUUUAAAAAAGCAAUCUUCCAUACGGAACUGUGCCUUAUCCACACAAAAUAUCUACUUUCAUAUAUGCAUUGUAAUGAAGAGAACACCUCAUCACACUUUUUUACCCUUCAGGACUUUAAACCUCAGGGCUGAUAUUUCAGACGCCCUCUGUAUGCUGCAAUAGAUCCAGAGUGGGAAGCUUUUAAUACUUGCUGAUGCCAAUUUACCCAAGAGACCUGGCGUGACCUUAGGCUUUUGGGGGAAAAAAAAGCUUUACUUUUUUCAAAAUAGUUGCCAAAGAGGCUGCUUGAGUGCUAGACUGUUCCAGUACAGAGGCUUACCUCCUGCCAUAUAUAGGUUCAGCUUGAUUUCAGAGAGAUAAGUAGAGAUCUGUCACUUCUUUUUUUUAGAUAGCACAACUAACAUAUAAGAGAAACGCAGUCAAGAUGGCAUCUCGUAGCUACAUAUUAAAUGAAACCAAGGGCCGUAAAUUAACAUUGCGAAAAUGUACAACUUACCAUUUUUAAUGGUUGCGCUGCCAGGCUUUAGCAAUCACUUAUACCAACCUAUAAAUAAAUACUUUUUCGUCAGCUCUCUGCUUAGUUCACUUUGUCAGUGUGACUCUUAACUUGGAUGUCCAUUUUUAUUACAGUUUUAGAUAAUCUAAUUCAACGUAUCUUGUGAAAAGAAGACAUUUCACCUAUUUACCUUCUGAAAGGAAUACUCUGUGUUUAAAAAAAAAAAUAAUAAUAAUCUGUAUCUACUGCACCUGUAGCAUAUAUGCGCUUAUCACAGAUGAGAAUUUUGACAAUUUCCCAGUGCAGCUGAGAAUAUAACAGAAAACCUCUUUAUAAUGGAAGUCUAAGGGCAGUUGUUGAAUUCUGUCAAUAAAUAUAUGAUAUGGGCUACUGAAUAAUGCAGUAUACUUUGAAACGUAGUACUUUCUAUGCAAGGACAGCAUUCAUAGAUAUAGAGGCUAAUUUAGAGACAACAGCCCUUAGACUUGAAUUACAAGUGAGGUUUGAGUAAAUGUUACUUCUGUUCUUUUCUCAGUACAGGUAAACUUUAAAUUGAAAGUCUUACCACUACAUAUGCUGUAGAAAGAGAUUAGGUUGAAAAGUCCUCGAGUAUUCCUUUAAUUCAAGCUGAAAAAGGAUAGUUCCAGACUGUAAAGGAGGAGGUACUCUGCACUUGACUGUGUAGUGUCACAUUCUGUCACUCGGGCCGGCCGCUAAGGUGAUGAAGCCAUUAAGCUUUGUCUUUUAUAUUUGCAAUAUGUACCUACAUAGCCAUAUGAUCAUACACUAUUUAUAUAAACUGUGUGGUGAUUUUUAUGUUCUUUGCUGCUUGAUUUCAAGAAGGAUCCUUAGCAUGCAUUCCCUAGGCCAUAGCAAAACAUCCCUGAGGCUCAAUAUUGACUAUUUAUAUGGUUUCAUUUGUGUUAAUAAUAAUAAUGUGUUGAUAUUGAAUUUUUUGGUGUUUUAUAUGUGCCUGAUAUGAAAUUAAUCAAAUUGUGUUGAAAUGUAUUUCUAGGUUCACUGUAGUUUUAAACUUGUUUGCCUGGUUUGAUUGAUUUAUUGGAAUGUACGUAGUGCUAAAGCUAUUUUAACUGACCUUGUCUUCUUGUACAGUAAUGCCUUCCAACACCUUUAUCUGUAAAUCAGACAUCAAAAAACCUUUGUGCUCAUGUUCCUGGUCUGUGAAGGGUUUUGUUCAAAGCCUGAUCUUGUUAAUUGAGCAAGAUGAUGUCCAUUGCAUCACAGUGUGUGUUUGUGUGUGUUUGUGUGUGGGAAUACAUCUCACAAUAUCCAAAUGGAAUUAUUCAAAUGAACAUAUUGCUUUGUCAUGUAUAUUAAUGCAAGCCACUGAUGAUGUGUGUAUGUAAGUAUGAAAGAUGGACAUUGCUGAAAUUAAAUGUGAAUAACUGUAGUAAAGUCUCAUUGACUGACAGCAAAAUUAAACAGAGCUAAUUGGAGAAGAA